GCUAGCCUUCUCGUCGCUCUCCGCCUUCCUCCCCGCUUGUGUCUGGGCACCUGAGGUCUCCAAGGGGGGCUGGAAGCGGCCAGGAUAGCGACGUGCGAGGAGAGUGGCACUUAGGCAGCCCAUCCUGAGAAACGGGGAAAGUAGUCUGGCAGUGCGUUUGGCUCUGAGCAUUGGCGGGAGUGUCGCGGAGAGGCUGUCCGAACCGAUGAGGCCCGGGCCGAUGAGAAGGGGUUUGCCCUCAGCCUAGUAGAAGGUUUGGUAGUCAACUGGUCAGGUCAAGGAUUGCAAAAACUGGGUCCAACAUUACCCUGUGAUGCUGAUACUCACAGUCUGAUUCUGGACAAAAACCAGAUAAUUAAAUUAGAACACUUGGAGAAAUGCAGGAAUUUGAUGCAGCUCUCGGUAGCCAACAACCGGUUGGUGCGAAUGAUGGGUGUUGCAAAACUGACUAAUCUCCGAGUGCUAAACUUGCCUCAUAAUAGCAUUGGGUAUAUGGAAGGACUGAAGGAUUUGGUGCACCUAGAAUGGCUGAACUUGGCAGGAAAUAACCUUAAGGCCAUUGAACAGAUCAAUUCCUGUCUGUCUCUUCAGCAUCUUGAUUUGUCAGACAACAAUAUAGCUCAAUUAGGUGAUCUCUCCAAGCUGAAGUUGCUGAAGACUUUGUUGCUGCAUGGAAAUAUUAUAACUUCACUUCGCACUGCCCCUGUUUGUCUGCCUCAGAAUCUGACUGUUUUUUCUUUGGCAGAAAAUGAAAUCAGAGACUUAAAUGAGGUUUCCUUCCUGACCUCUCUCCGUCAGUUGGAACAGUUGUCAAUUAUGAACAAUCCUUGUGUGAUGGCCACACCUUCUAUCCCUGGCUUUGACUACAGGCCAUAUAUUGUCAGCUGGUGUCUGAACCUUAAAGUUCUAGAUGGAUAUGUGAUUUCUCAGAAGGAAAGUUUGAAAGCAGAAUGGCUCUACAGUCAAGGUAAAGGAAGAUCAUACCGACCUGGGCAGCAUGUUCAGCUAGUCCAGUAUUUGGCUAUUGUUUGUCCUCUUAUAUCUACAUAUGGUCUCCAGACUGAAGAGGAUGCCAAACUGGAAAAAGUACUGAGUAAGCAAAGGUUUCACCAGAGGCAGUUGAAGCAUCAAAACCAAAAUGAAGGACUACCUACAUCUACUCCCAACAAAACACCACCAGUCACUCAUGAGCACAGCAGUCCAGUCAAGCCACCACAGAUAGUUCUUGAAAGAGAACCUAUGAUCCAGAAGAAUUCUUGGGUUGGACCAAGUGCAAGUGAUGAUCAUUCCUAUGCAGUAAAGAACACUUCUGUUCUUGAAAGAAGCUUUUGCAAGGAGCUAUACCUCAAAGAUGUACAGAUUGAUGAAGACAAAUUAAACAGCAGCCUUUUAUCAUCGGAGUCUACUUUCAUGCCAGUUGCUUCAGGAUUGUCUCCAGUGACCCCUGCUUCAGACCUGAAGCUAGAUGGAAUCAGUCUGGGUUUAGAAGAUGGUGGUAGUACAGUGAUUGUAUGUGUGAAGGAUGUUAAUAGCAGAGAAACGGAUAACAAGCAAGAAGCUUCAUGUGUUACAAGAGAGCACUCUAACAGAGCAAUGGGAAGUGUGGAAAUUCAAGAGAAUGUCAAAGAGAGUGUUCUGUUGCCUUCUAAUCCAGUAACAGGUAGCCUGACUGCUAAUACUAGCAACUGUUCAGCAUCCUCUGGAGACCACUUUCUACACAGUCACCCCAGCACCUCAGUAGGUGCUGAACCAGGAGUUACAACUCUCUGUCCUGACCAGAUGACAGGGAAAAGUUCUGAUUCAUUAGCUGUUGUUGAUCAAAGUGCAGCUGAACUGCAAAGAAUGACUAAAGCAGCUACCAAGCUUCAAGCCUGCUGGAGAGGAUUUUACACAAGGAACUAUCAUCUCCAAGCAAAGGAAGUGCGCUCUGAAAUUCGACUAAACAGAAUGCAGGAGCACAUCAUUUGCUUAACUGAUGAAAUAGAAAAACUGAGAAAAGAGAAAGAGGAAGACAAGAUUCAGAGGCUUGUACAGGAUGAAGCUGUCAGAUUUCUUUGGAACCAGGUUAAAUCCCUUCAACAAUGGCAGCUUUCAGUGACACAAAAUUUAGGUGCCACUUGGCAACCUGGGAUCCCGUCAGCCAGUAUUUUCUGUCCCUCUGAACCAUCUAUUCAAUCAUCCACACUUCAGCAAGAAACCCCAGCAAAUGUUAGUUCUGCUUGGUUAGUUCCAGCUAAUGACGUUCUUCAAGAAAAGUCUUUUUUGCAAUUCCCAGAUUCUGGUUUUCAUUCUUCUGCAGCUGAUCAGGCUCAUACUGGUGACUUGUGUAGCUCUGAAAAGAGUUUAACAGAAGGGACUGAGAGCUCUCUUUCAGUGGACACUGUCAAACAAUGUGGCAAUUCUGUUUCAGCAUGUUUGUCAGGUGUGGAGCAUGGCCAUGUGGAAUGUGGGGCAAGUAAAGAGAGCUCUACUGGUGAGCAGGACAACAGACUAAUACAAGAGUAUUUGGAAUCUGUUCAGCAGCUGGAAGAGGAUGAGGAAGGGACAAAUUGCAAUGAUGAAACAGAGGGUAGAUGGCUACAAAUCACUGUUCCAGCAGAAAGCCAAGAUUCUUCAUCUGACACUGUCUUUACAGAUCUCCCUCAGGAUACAUCUUCCCCUGUCCAAGGUGAAAUCAGUCAGACACCAGACAGCUGCAAACGGAAUUCAGGAAUGGUAGAAGGGAAGCAAAUGGACUGCGAUUCUUCAUUCCAGAUGCUGCAUGUUGGAAUAGCUGUAUAAUAGGCUCAGUUUCACAAAGGACUAGGGAUUCCAUUUCACUUUCCUUUUCUUUUUCCCAUUUGUACAAAACCUACUUUUUGUGUGCUAUUUCAGAGUUUGCUUCAUGUUAUUAAUUUAUGUUUUAGUUAGUAUUUUAUUAAUGUUGCUGAGGACUGACUCUUACUAUGCUAACCUGAAAUCAGCAAAGUUCUCAGUGACAAUCAUUUUGCACUUUAUUUUCAAACAUAAAACUGAUAUCCUAAUAACUGGCUUCCAUUAAAUUAAUUCUGAAGGUUGGAGGUGGGGGUAGUGUUUCCUGUAAAUUCUCAUUAGUGAAUGUGUUGAAUUUUUUCUGAAGUACAGGACUGAGUGCUUACUUUGCUAAGAGAAUGAAACAAAAUAGGAAGAAACAGAGUCAAUGGAGUCAAUAUAGGCACUGUGUGUGUGUAUGGAUACAACCUGGUGAUAAAGAUGAAAGCAGUUGCAUUUCAGACUUUUUUUGACUUUA